AUGCCCGAAGACGAGAAAAAAUUAUCUAAUAUUCGUAAUAUUGGUAUCAUAGCUCAUAUUGAUGCCGGAAAAACAACUACUACUGAAAGAAUACUUUACCAUACUAAAAAAAUCCAUAAAAUUGGGGAAGUUCAUGACAAAGAGGGCAAAGGAGCCACUAUGGAUUACAUGGAGCAGGAAAAGAAAAGAGGAAUUACUAUCCAAUCUUUGCGAGUCUUAGAUGGCGGAAUAGUGGUUUUAGAUGGCAAAAAAGGAGUAGAGGCUCAGACUGAGACAGUUUGGCGUCAAGCUAAUAAAUACAAAACACCACGCUUAAUUUUUAUUAAUAAAAUGGAUGGAGUAGAAAGUGUUGAAAAGUUUGUGGAUAAUUUAAGGAGUAUUAAGAAAAAACUCUAUACGGUUCCUCUGGUAGUCCAGUUCCCGAUUGGAGCCGGCAGAGAAUUAGAAGGAGUAGUUGAUAUAAUAAGGCAAAAAGCCUAUUAUUUUCAAAUGGGCGAUAAGGAUGAAAAUUAUCAGGAGAGGGAAAUUCCUUCUUACUUGAUGGAAGACACCAAAAAGUAUCGGCAAGAAUUGUUGGAAAGCAUAGAAAAGAUAAUUGAAAAAGAUGAGGAACUAUCCCUAAAAUAUUUGGAAGGUGAAGAAUUAUCAGUAGAAGAAAUUAAAAAGUUAUUGCGCCAAGCCACUUUAACAGGCGAAUAUUUCCCAUUAUUUUGCGGUUCUGCUUAUAAGCAUGUGGGAGUAAAAUUAGUUUUGGAUGGAGCAGUGGAUUAUUUACCUUCUCCACUGGAUAUACCUCCAAUUCCAGUUUUUUCUCCAUCUGAAGGGGAUAAAUCAGAAAAAGAGCAGAAGAAUGUCGUAGAAAUUAAGAAAGAAAUUGCUGAAUUAGAGAAGUCGCUUAAUAACUUGAAUCUGGCAUUAUCUGGCGGGCAAUCAGCAGAAAAUCGGACUGACCAGGCUCUCCAAGUGGUUAAAUUUGAAAUGGAAGAAAAGUUAAUUGAUUUGAGGAAGCAAUUAAAGAGGAAUUGUUUAGCCCUUGCUUUUAAAAUCAUUUUUGAUGAAAAUAAUAGGCAGAUGACUUUUGUUCGAGUUUAUGCUGGAAAAAUUUCUGCUGGGUCUCGUAUCUAUAAUGUUAACAAAAAGAAAGAAGAGGUAAUAGGCAAUAAAGCCUUGGUUCGCAUGCAUGCUGAUAGUAAAGAAGAGAUUAAAGAAGUAGGAACUGGUGAUAUUGCAGCUAUAAUUGGCUUAAAAUACACCGUUACCGGCGAUACUUUCGGAGAAGAAGAAAACCCUGUGUUACUUGAAAGCAUUAAUUUCGCCGAACCAGUAAUUUCUCAGGCUAUUGAACCUAAAACUAAUAAGGACCAAGACAAAUUACGGGAUGCUCUGGAAAGGCUGGAAAUUCAAGAUCCUAGUUUCAGACAUUGGACAGAUCGGGAAACAGGACAAAUGAUUAUUGCUGGAAUGGGUGAAUUACAUUUAGAAAUUUCGGUGGAGAGAUUACUCCUAGAAAGCAAGGUAGAGGUGGAGAGAAAGCAACAAAAAGUAUCUUACCGAGAAACUAUUACUAAAAAGAAAAAAUUUGAUAAGGUUACUCUUAAGAAACAAACUGGAGGAAGCGGACAUUUUGCUCGGAUUACUAUUGAAUUCGAACCAGUAGUUAAUAAUGAAAUAAAAGAUUUUGAGGAAUUGGAGCCUUCUAACCGUGAUUUUGAAGCAGAAAUUAAAGAAUUAGAACCUAGUCAUUUAGUCAAGUUAAAAGAGAUUCGUGAUAAAGAAAUGUCAGGCAAAGAUGCAGAAGAAGUAAAAAAAGGUUUGGAAGAAGCCAUGUCAUCUGGUUUGCUUUUAGGUUAUCCUUUGAUAGAUGCAAAGGCAACUUUGCUGGAGGGGGAAAGACAUUCAGUAGAUACUAAGCCAGGGGACUUCAAAGAAGUGGCUGUUUUGGCAUUCCGAGGAAAAGGAAUGGAGGAAAGGGAAGAAAGAGUUAAAGAGUUAGGAGUAGUUUUGUUAGAACCGAUUAUGCAAGUGGAAGUGAUAGUGCCGAAAAACUAUAUGGGAGAUAUCAUUGGCGACCUUAGUUCACGCCGCACUGUAAUCGAGAAUACAGAGGAAAAAGAAGGUAAUGCUCAUAUAGGGGGCAAAAUCCCUCUAAAAGAAAUACUUAAUUAUUCGACAAUCUUGCGCCAAAUAACCGGGGGGCGAGGUGAAUAUUUAAUACAUUUCUCUCACUAUCAGGAGGUUCCUGUUAAUGCUUUAGAAGAAAUAUUAAAAGAGGAAAGUUAUAAAAAAAGUUAG